UGUAACGGUUUAAAGGACUCUGUUUCACCAUGUGUUGAUAUUACUCCACGUUUUGGCAGACUUUGAGUUAAUUCUCCAGAAUAAAACGAUGGAUGUACACGAUCCGCGCACAGUGCGUUUUACGCACUGACAGACACUGUGACCACCACCGAGAUGUGUCUAUUUAAUCAGAAACGGAAGAUUCAAGAAGAUUAAUUUAUAAGUAUAAAAGUAUUUGACGAGCUGUAAAACAUCAAAAUGUGGAUAACUGCGCUUUGGAUAUUUGAAGUCUUGCCUUGUAUUUUAGUUAAAGCACAGCAUGUGGACCCUGAGGUGGGCUUAACAGCUCAGGAACAAGUCCUCCUGUUGUACGACAUCAAACUCCAGUGCCUUCAGAAUUCAGAACACAACCCUUCUGAUGAAGUAUGUUCUCCAGGAUGGGAUGGACUGGUUUGUUGGCCCCAGGGUUCUCCGGGAACACUCACCAAAAUUUCAUGCCCCAGCUAUGUCUAUGACUUCAACCACAAUGGGUUUGUGUACCGUCAAUGCGACUUGAAUGGAUCGUGGGUCUUGUUGAAGAACAGGACUUGGGGCAACUAUUCAGACUGCCUACGCUUUCUGGCUCCUGGCAUUGGAAAAGGCAAAAGGGACUUCUUUGAACGGCUACACAUCAUGUACACGGUCGGCUACGCCGUGUCGUUCAGCUCCUUGCUAGUCGCCAUUUUCAUCAUCGGAUACUUCAGGCGUCUACAUUGCACUCGAAACUACAUCCACAUGCAUCUAUUUGUGUCCUUCAUGCUCCGCGCGGUCAGCAUCUUCAUAAAAGACAGGGUGGUUUACGCCAACGGCGUGCUGCAGGAGUACGACACCAUGCUGAUGGACAACAUCAGCACCGUCUCCAUCUCUCCCCUCGACAAGACUCAGUAUGUUGGCUGUAAGAUUACCGUCCUCUUCUUCAUCUACUUCCUAGCCACCAACUACUACUGGAUCCUAGUGGAGGGCUUGUAUCUACACAGCCUCAUCUUCAUGGCGUUCUUCUCCGACUCCAAGUAUCUGUGGGGUUUUACCCUCAUAGGCUGGGGUGUGCCAGCGCUCUUCGUAUCCACCUGGGCUGUCGUCAGGGCAACGCUCGCAGACGUGAGGUGCUGGGAGCUCAGCGCUGGAAAUGUUAAAUGGAUAUACCAGGUUCCCAUCUUGACAGCAAUUGGGCUGAAUUUUCUUCUGUUUGUGAAUAUCGUACGAGUCCUGGCCACCAAGAUCCGUGAAACGAAUGCGGGGAGGUACGACACACGCAAACAGUACAGGAAGCUGGCGAAAUCCACGCUAGUCUUGGUUCUGGUUUUCGGUGUGCAUUAUAUUGUGUUUGUGGGCAUGCCGCACACGUUCACUGGUCUUGGUUGGGAGCUCAGAAUGUACUGUGAACUCUUCUUUAAUUCUUUCCAGGGAUUUUUCGUGUCCAUUAUCUACUGCUACUGCAAUGGAGAGGUCCAGACUGAAAUCCGUAAAAUGUGGCUCCGCUGGACGCUCGCGUUUGACUGGAAAGGUCCUGUAGCUCUGGCUAACUAUCGCUACGGCUCGGUUCUGAACAGCAGCGGCACCAGCGUCCAGUCCCAGCUGACCUCUGUCACCCGCAGCUCCGCCCUCCUUACCAGCAGGGUGUACCGCUGUGGAGGCCGACCCAACGUCACCUCUUUCGUACACGCCACACACAUACACACCACCUUGCCAGGUUACGUCUUCAGUAACUCGGAUAUCGAGAGCAUACCGCCUUCGAUUCUCGAAGAGAUCGAUGAAGACGUCAAACAGAUCGAUUACAUCGCCCUCAAAGAGCACGGUAAAGGACAUGACGUCACUAUACGACAGGAAGCCCUAAGCAUUUGUUUCGAGGAGAGCGAACAAAGUACGAAUGAUGUUACGCUUGGGGAAGCUAGUGGGGAUACUAACGAUGUCAUAAAGAGGGACGAUAAUAUCAAACCUACAGAAAACGGCAAAGGCGGGGACGACAAGCACUCUUUAUCGUUUAGAUACGACAGUUUAGAUCAGGAUAGUGAGGAAGUGCUCUAAAAUGUGUUCAGAUGGUAAAAAUUCCACAAGACUUCAAUAAAAACUUGAAAAUUUUAUAGAACGUCGCAGAAUGCCAGUCACAGUGAUUCGUACGAUAUAAUGCAUGAGAUGUUCGGUUGACCUUGUGUCACAUAUGUGGAAAUUUGUGUUGACGUCGUUCGCCGUUUUCUGGACUUUUCCAGUUAGCAUGAUUUGACUGGUGUGCGAAAUCGCUUUUGUGGUUAAGUUUGUUAAGCUGUUUAUGCGUAAAUAUUCGCUAAAGUGUCACGUGUAUGUUGUAUUGUAUUUUUUGUGUGAUUAAAUUGUUUGUUU